UGAUCACUCCGCAAAACUACAAUCACCACGACGGCUUUCAUUGUCUUUGUCAACUUGGGCACCUUCGAGGACACCUUUCACCUAGAAGCCCGGCCCUUUCGCUGAUCAGGACUGAUGACGGCCGUCGAAUCUCUCCCCCUUUCCUUCCCUCAACAGAGCCUAGUCAAGAUGGAAGAGCGCAAAAGACCCAGUCCAUAUGACCAAGUCGAUUCAGCUCCUCCGUCUAAGAAGCUGGCAACCGCUGCCAACGGCGCGUCCAAGUCCCAUAAAGAUGACGACAUGCCUUGGAAGGAUGAUCUCGAGAGGUUCCAAAAAGAUGCGAUUUAUCGGCAGAUGCAAGAAUACAAGAGGGAGAAAAAUGCACUUGAGUCACAAUUAAAAGAGAUGCGGAAAAAGAGCCGAUAUCAUGAUGAUCAUCUGCGGAUCAUUGAUUCUUGGUUUCAACAAGUGAUUGAUGAGGUCAAGGUCAUUGUUCAAGGGGAUGAUGAUAUAGAUAUGGAUUCCUCGUCUCUGCCGUCGUCUCUGCUCUUUACCGAUCAAGAACAAUUCGAACAACAUCUGCAGAGUCGUACCAAAGAAAUCAAAGCCGUGAUAUCAAGGUUAUUUGGUCCCAACAAAUCCAGUUCUCCCGAUGUAACGGAUUUACAAUCAAGGAUCUCCCGGUUGCUUGCCGCAGAAAAAGGUCACGUGGUCGAAUUGUCACGAUUACAGGCCGAGAAGGAGGACCUCGAGGCUCGAUUAGAAAAUGCUUCUCUAAGGUACAUGGUCGCCGAGAAGAAAAUCGACAGAGCCAAGAGUGUCACCGUUGCAAAACUCGAGAAACAAGCUCUGCUAGGCGCAACAAGACCUCCAGCUGAAGAAGGCGGUUCGGUCAAGCGGGAGGAGAGUGUGGUCAACGGAACGACUGACAACGCAGAAGAGCUUGCGGAAUUGGAGACACAAUUGAACAAAACCGUGGCAACUUCUGAGAAACAGAAAGAACAGCUGGAAAGACUAGAAGAAGAAAACGCCAAAUUAAAUGCACAGAUCACGGAGUUGACCACAAAGUCGAUAAUCUUGACGGACGAUGAUUAUGCCAAAACGGAAUUGUUCAAGCAGUUGAAAUCGCAACACGAAGAUGUCAUCAAAAGAAUUAACAACCUCGAGGCGACGAAUGCUGAACUUAAAGAGGAAGCGACCAAACUGCGAUCCGAAAGAACGACCUUCCAGCUGCAGAUUGAAAAUGAGAGUCGAGUCGUUUUGCACGAGAAGGAGUCCCUUCUUGCAGCCUCAGAGGCUAAUCUGGCACGGAUCCGACAUAACCGGGACGAAUUGUUGGCAGAUCAAGCGAUCAAGAAAGCGACACUAGAACAGGAUCAAGAAGCCAUGAGGAAGAUGAAGGAAUUGUUCGCAGCUCUAGAAGACCAAAUCCGGGCACUCGAAUCGAAAACUGAACGUUUAACCGAAGAGUCCAACACAAUGGCCGUAGAUCAUCCGGAAUUGGAUAGCCUGAGCAUCGAAGAUUUGCGGGCAAAAUACAUGGAACUGGACAGAAAGUACAAUCUGUUGAACGUUGAAUUGUCAUCAAUGUCCACGGCAUUCCAGAAGACAUCCAAAAUCGCGACUCAAAAAGUGACGGAAUUUGCUGCCAUGGAAGAAAGAGUCCUGCGAUUGUCGGCAGAGAAAGCUAAGGCGGAUCAGAAAUUCUUUGCGGCAAUGAAGAGCAAAGAAACUCGAGAUUCUGAAGUUCGAACGUUGCGAAUGCAGAAUUCCAAGUCGGCAGAGGCUGUUUCCCAGCUCAAGGAAGCCGAGAACGCAAGUCGAGCUUUGUUGGCUACCAUGGAGAAGCAACUGGCUGAGAUGAAGGAUGCGUUGACACAUAAGACGAACGAGCAUCGGACCGUUCAGCAACAGAAUAUCACCCAAGGUCUAGAGGUUUCAAGACUGAAUUCGCAAGUCAACGAGUUGAAGAACCAAUUGACGGCCAAAGAUGACAAAUUGGGUCAGACGUCCAGUUUAUGUCGGGCUGUCGAACUUGAAGUCGAAGAAACAAAGGCUUUGCUGAAGGAUAGCCGGAGGAAUCUCGAGCUGUGGAAGAGCAAGAGCGGCCAAUCCGAGCAGUACGAGAUUUUGCGGCAAUUUGCAUAUUGCAAUGUUUGCAAGAAAAACCUGAAGAACACCGUCAUGAAGACCUGCGGUCAUACGUUCUGCAACGAAUGUGUCGAGGAGCGUAUGACUUCGAGGUCGAGGAAAUGUCCGAAUUGCGGAAAAGCCUUUGGCAGCAAUGAUCACAUGCGGAUCACACUCUGAACCAUGACGACCUCCAACACUGUAUCCAUAAGCAUCGUCAACAGCACCCGUGCUCAGGAUCUCGCGUGUCGAGCUGUGCUCCAAUCCGCGCCAAUGUGGGGAGAUUUCGAGCCUCCUUUUUUGUACGACUAUCAAUCAACCUUGCUUCGGUUCUCGACGCAUAUGGCCUGAUGAAAUGGGCAAGCCAAUACCUCAGGCUUCGAAGAUCAACUGUUGGAAAUCGUGGUGAAGAUAGCGGUCUCCAGGAAAGAGACUAUACGAGCGCCUGCCUUGUGAGACGUGUGGUGUGCAUGGCGGAGCGGGUUUAUACCGUCGUGGAGACUUGAGCGGCGAACGGUCUGCUAUAACUUCCCAUGGAUGGCGGAUGGGCUUUCACCUGUUGAAGAAACGACGGCUGGCCUUGAUCGCCUGCCUUGUCAAAUGAGCCUUUUGAUACCCAAACAACCCCCUCCCGAUGCCGAACGAGUGUCGAGUCCUUGUUGCAGCUGGCAAUUAGAGUCCAACACCAGGCUAGUGAGGCCAUCACCACUCAUCCAAGACGAAGUAAUGUCGUGGCUCAUAGACAGAGCCUGGCUGGAGAAUGGCUGGUAGAUAGCCACCAUCAAAUGAUAACAAACUUCUCCGUGCUCUUUUGUGCGACAAAUGA